GGAGUGAGUCAGCGAGUAUCUCCAACAACUCUACUGCUAAGGACGAGUCGACGACUUUUUUUUGCACACGCCACCUUCAUCUUCCCUUCCCUUCCCUGCAUUUCUGUACAGAGAAUAUAUACAGUAAAAUCAGUUGCGCAAGAGGAGUGGAGCUACGGAGUGAGUGAAUUAGAUUAGAGAGAGAAAAAUGGGGUGUGGGAACACGUUCUUCACACUACUCGUAACCUUCUCGGUGGCUCUGAUUACAUACAACAUAAUCAUCUCAGCCAAUGCCCCUCUCAAGCAAGAGCUCCCGGGCCCAUCACGAUCUUCUUCUUCGUUGAGGAUCUCUGUCGACCCCGUAAUCAAGAUGCCGGUAGACAGAUCGGGAAGAGGCAGUGGGCCCAGGUCGAAGAAGAGGUUGUUCCACACGGCGGUCACGGCCUCGGACUCCGUCUACAAUACUUGGCAGUGCAGGGUGAUGUACUACUGGUUCAAGAAAAUGAAGGACGGACCCAACUCCGACAUGGGUGGGUUCACCAGGAUCUUGCACUCCGGGAAACCUGACAAGCACAUGGAUGAGAUCCCCACCUUUGUUGCCCAGCCUCUCCCUGCUGGAUUGGACCAGGGGUAUAUAGUCCUCAACAGACCAUGGGCAUUUGUGCAAUGGCUUGAACAAGCAGACAUCAAAGAAGACUACAUCCUGAUGUCGGAGCCAGAUCAUAUUAUUGUCAAGCCCAUCCCAAACUUAUCAAAAGAUGGGUUUGGAGCUGCAUUUCCUUUCUUCUAUAUUGAACCUAAGAAGUAUGAGUCGGUGCUGAGGAAGUAUUUUCCUGAGGACAAAGGACCAAUAACUAACAUCGACCCAAUAGGGAAUUCUCCUGUCAUAGUUGGGAAGGAAGCUCUGAAGAAGAUUGCUCCCACUUGGAUGAAUGUUUCCUUGGCAAUGAAGAAGGAUCCAGAAACAGAUAAGGCUUUUGGUUGGGUGCUUGAAAUGUAUGCCUAUGCUGUUGCAUCUGCUUCGCAUGGCGUUGGUAACAUCUUGUACAAGGACUUCAUGAUUCAGCCCCCAUGGGAUACGGAAAUUGGCACGAAGCUCAUAAUUCAUUACACUUAUGGAUGUGAUUAUAAUAUGAAGGGGGAAUUAACCUAUGGAAAGAUAGGGGAAUGGAGGUUUGACAAAAGAUCUUAUGAUAAUGUCGUACCACCAAGAAACCUUCCACUGCCUCCAGCUGGUGUUCCAGAAAGUGUGGUUACCCUGGUGAAAAUGGUGAAUGAAGCUACAGGAAACAUUCCGAAUUGGGGGUCGUAGAGGAGGAGGUUUCCCAGGUUUCGCAAUGUUUCUAUAGACAUGGGCUGUCUUUUGGUUGAGGAAGGUAUGGGUGCUUGGUAUUCGUAGAGAUGCCAUCAUAUGUGAAAACGCUUGUGGACUUGUAUGUCUCUUUCCUAAAAUUGGAUCGCAAUCACGUUCCCCUAAUAUGGUUGGGAAGUCCAAAAAUUUGCUGAUGUACAAUGUUACGUAUAGAUCAAUGCAGUUGUACCAAAGUCUUGUAGUUGUAUCUUGUAUUUGUAUCACUGAUAAUGCGAAUAAGUUAAAGAGUUCACUUUUGAAGAAUGGAUGAGCUAAAUGUGGAAUAAAUUAGUGACGUUCA